CAUUCUUCCCUCCCCUUUCCUGCCACCACAGUAUUCACCGACUCAGUUUCCAGUAGUCAUGGUAUUUGGACCUCCAUUAGAUCCCAUACUGUACUCUUUUCCGUCGAGCGACGCGCUCGUCGAAUCGCUUGCCCAGUUCGUCAUCAAGACCCAGAAGGACGCCAUUGAGAAGAAAGGAAGGUUCACUCUUGCCAUCUCUGGCGGUUCCCUGCCAAAGCAACUUAACGGUCUCAUUGGGAAACCUGGAGUUAAAUGGGAUCUAUGGCACGUAUACUACGCUGACGAACGCGCAGUCGCUCUCGAGGACCCGGAUUCAAACCACAAACUCUGUAUGGACGAGCUCUUCUCAAAGGUACCCAUUCCAGAGGAGAACAUCCACCCAAUUGAUACAUCCUUACUCGAUGACCUCGACGAGCUAUCGGAUGCUUACGAGCAGGAACUCAUCCGUGAAUUCGCCAUGAAAGACUCCGCACGUUACCCAGUCUUCGAUCUUAUCCUCCUUGGCAUGGGUCCCGAUGGUCAUACUGCGUCACUCUUCCCGGGACAUGAGCUCCUUUCCGAAGAGGACCGCUGGGUCGCAUGGAUUGAAGAUUCUCCGAAGCCACCUCCAAGGCGUAUCACGCUGACGUUCCUCGUUAUCAACCACGCCGCACGCGUCGUGUUCGUCGCUGCAGGCGAAGGAAAAGCUGAAAUCCUUCACACCGCCCUCGAUAAACCUGAAGAAGGUCUCCCGGCAUCUCGCGUCCGUCCUGCCGCCCCUGGUCAGUUGUACUGGUUCGUCGACGACGCAGCUAGUGCAAAGGUGGAGUUCCAGCGAUCGGAAUUCAAACUUUGAAAGAAAGCAAAAUUAAAACAGAAAAAUGGAAGAAAGUUGCUUUGGGCGAUCUUAUGAUACUUCGUUCAUCUGUUUAUCUUCUUGUUCUCUUUCUUUGCUCUAAUCUUAGACGGUUUUUUGUAAAUAAACAAUCUCUGGGGAUGGUGUACGAUAGCCGUUCAGAGUAGCAAUGCCGAGUCAAAUUUAUUUGUUUUUUAUGCUCGCUUGUCUUUGCUUGUAUGCAUUGGUAUUUCACUCAAUAGCUUUAAAAAUGUCCAUUUCCGUGGUGUCUAUGCAACUGACGAGAUAUAAACCUAUGCAAAUGAUACAUUCUUCCAAUCAACGCAGAUCCUCUAAGUCCGACAGAUACCUACAGUCAUAGAGCUAAUACGCUUGUGCUGAUAUUGACUCCUGUGUACUCGACUCAACAAUACUCGGCGUAACGGACUGCGCUAAGCUCUCGCUAUUCGAAAGUGCCGUCUUAUCUGUAAUCGUGGAACCACUCUCUAACCAACGGAGUUUGCAGUUCCCUGUUAUCGAAUCGGACAACGCGAGUACCGGUGAGGGGUGAGAAGAUGAUGGCCGUGAGUUGGGAUUCGAGUUUGGGCUUGAGUUUGGGCUGUAGUAUAUGGAUGGUACGCGCGGGACUGGAGGGAUCUGCGACAUAUCAAGUGAGGGCUUCUGCCGGAGGGAGCUUGAGCGAGAGGAGAUGGAGGACGAGCGUCUGGAUGUGUUAAGAUAGGGAUUUGUGAGGUUUGUGUUGUUUGUUGUGAUACUUGAUAUUGACGAGACGGAUUGUCGGUACGGACGAGGUCGAGGAGCUGUUUGCGCUUCGGCGCUAAGGUAUCUAGGCCUUGACCUCUCCCUACUACUCGACUGACGAGAAGCUAAAUUUGUCGACGUAUUUUCUCGACCGAUCCUUAACCAAGGAUCACAAACGCUCUGCCGAUUGCUUCCAGCCGUGUCAUAACCCCCUUCAUUCAUCUCACGUAAGUAAUACGGGUGGGUGUGCGGUGCAAGAGGCGCAGGAAGAACAAUAUCCACACGACUAUACGGUCUAUGAGGUGGACCACGGACAGUCGACAUAGAGCGGGUACUGCGCAUGCUUCGCGUUGUUUGCAUAGAUGUUACCGAGGCGGCCACGGAUAGACGACGCGACCUUGAAAUGGACGUUCGAGGGGAGGAAUUAGGUGUCGGGAGGUUCAUAACGGAAGGAUAAUUUGGCCGAGAUGAAGUUGAUUCGUCCGAAGAUCCAGCGAUAGGGAAAGCUAUUGCGCUCUGGGACCGCUGCGGCGGGUACGAGAAACCAUCGGAUUCGUCGGUGGCAGAAUAUAGCGAGAGUUGUAUGGAUGACCGAUCACCCUUAUUCUCUUGCGAAACAAAGAACGACGGUUGAGGGGGGAUGAGUUGUGCAUCGGCGACAGGUGAGGUAACCGGAGUGACAGGGCUGGGAGGCUGGCGCAAAGGCAUCUCCUCUGUAACGUUCAAUGUCGACUGACUGUAUUGCCUGUAUACGCUUCCGUUAAAGGACUUAUUCUGCGCUAUGAGCAGGUCGGGAUGGUAUGCAGUUGGAGAUAAUGAUGGAGAGGAUAGGUUCACUUUGCUUGCGCUUGCGUUCGCGUUCCAUGGCAACGUGUGUAUCGCGCUAAGAGGGCGCGCUGGCGGGAGUGGAACAGGCUUGAAUUUGCGCCGUCGGUGGAUGCACAUCCCAAUACGGACCACUAGGAAGAUAAAAAUGAUGCAUCCGACGGCUGCACAAGCAGCAAUAGCUGGGAUGGGUAGCGAGGAAUCAUCGUCGUCGGAUACUGGGGCCAUCUCGUGAUGCCGGUUUGUUUCUGCACUGCUGAUAAAUAAUAAUAAAAGAGUGUGAGUGAAAAAGAAUGUGGGCGCUGUGCGCGCGGGGUGAGCCUGAGAUGGGGGAGGGUAUACGAUGAGUGCGAGGCG